GUCUGCGCCUGUGCAGCCGGCGGUGGCGUCACUUCCGGCGGGGCCUCCCAGCUGGAAGAGGCGGUGGCGGCGGGUCGGGGUGAGAGGCUGAGGGGAUCUGGCGGUGGAGCGCUAGGAUCAAGACGCCCCCGCGAUGACCAGCUCCCCCGUCUCCAGAGUCGUGUACAACGGCAAGAGGACCAGCAGCCCCCGCUCCCCACCCAGCAGCAGCGAGAUCUUCACUCCGGCCCACGAGGAAAACGUCCGCUUCAUUUACGAAGCCUGGCAGGGUGUGGAGCGAGACCUGCGAGGCCAGGUGCCGGGCGGCGAGCGGGGUCUGGUGGAGGAGUACGUGGAGAAAGUCCCUAACCCCAGCCUGAAGACCUUCAAGCCCAUCGACCUGAGUGACCUGAAGCGCCGGAGCACGCAGGAUGCCAAGAAGUCCUAGAGCGCCCGGCGCCCCUCCCUGGCCUCCGGAAGAUCAGGGUGCAAGGUGUCGGUUCCCUCCUGUCCUGUGGCCCUGCUCCUGGGACGGGGGUGCCUUGCUCCAGUGGGCUGCAGACCCCAGCACUGGCGUGACUGACGGCUGAGGCCUGCCCCUCCUUCCCAAGCCCCCUUCCUUCAUCCUUGGGGGUCUCAGGCUGCCCCCAUCAUGGGGGUCUGGGCCCUGCCCACCCUCCUGCCCUCCCCCAGCCACCCGGCUGCAUUUUUGAAGCUGCCUGGCCCCCAGGGGCCCUGACCUGACCUCUGUCCUCUCCCCUCACCCUCCUGUCCCUGGCCACUGCGGGAUCAGGAGGGGAGAAGAAGGAGCCUCUGCUGCCUCCCAGGCUGCUGGGACUGGGCUGGUUUUGUCCUUGAAAGUGGCCAGGAUACAGGACAAGGGCAGCCCCACCCAUCCAGCCUGGGCACCCCGCAGACCCUUGCUGCUCCUGUGGCCUGGACACGCUGGGGAGCUUCUCACACCUACCCCUACCGUCCAGCCUGGCCCCUUCCCUGAAUCAGCUUCAAGAUGGCACCAGCUCUUUAGGUGUAGGAUACUGCCGGGCCCCCCAAAGGGGUCCCCAGCAACCAGGCCUGGCCUCCUGGUGUCUGCGGUCACAGUGGCCCCGUGGGCAGGGGCACCCAGGCUGACCCUGAGGUGCUGCUGCUGGGUCUGUCUUGGCUCUGGGGUGUGCUGGGUCACCAGGUCCCUUUUUCUUUCUGUGCCCUCUGAAAACCAAGUGUCUGUGUGGCUGUGGAGCUCGAGGGUCUGUGAAUAAAGGCGGCGGCACUGGG